AUGUCUUCACAACAACCAACCCUUCCAUUCGAGCUCUCUACAUGGAUCUCUCGUGUCAAUACUCACUUAUCCUUCCUUCGUAGCAUUUCCUCUCAAUCCGAACUCUAUUUCAAUGAAGAACGAUUACAGAUCAUGAUCCAUCUCUACAAUUUAAUGAUGCCACUCGUGUCCAAGUAUGGUGCUCCACGUGUAUGGCUCCCUGAAUGCGUCCAAUGGAUCAUGCAUUGUCAUUUGCUUCAUCCCAUUGAUUUUAUGAAAGAUUGUGAAAAUUGUUUUGGACAUUUAAUCUUGUUGAAUACUGAAGCACACAAAUUGGAUGCUACUCAAACCAUGCAAUGGUUCCAACAUGAGUAUGGAUGCUCCUUUGUACAAGCAGUUCAAAAUGCUCUUGUCAAUCGAAAGGAUGAAGAGUUGAAAUUUUCGUUGAAAAUGUUCAAACCUUCUCGUGACUUGGUGAAAGCAGCCAUGAAUCAACAAACUUUCACCACUCAAUGUAAGCAAGUGUUUGGUGAGAAGAUUGAGAAUCCCAUUCAAAUUUCAUUCAUGUUGGACAAGUAUUACAAAUUUAUCCUCGCCAUCAAGGACAUGAUGUUGAAAACUGAAGAUCCAAAUUCCAAUGUUUCAGAAUUGGAAUUCAUGUUAGUCCCAACAUUGGAAAUUGAUUUAAUGUGGCACACUCAUUUGAGAUAUCCUUUUGAUUAUUUGACCUUUGUCAAGAAUGAAACUGGAUACUUGUUAAAUCAUGAGGAUGACAUGAGUGACUUGGAUGAAGAAUUUGAAAAGACAAAAACAUUUUGGAAAUCCAAAUAUGGUGAGGAUUAUGUUCGUCCACUCCACAAUGAGAAUGCCAAAGGAGAUUGUUGCAAUGUAGCAAAGGAAAAUGAGAAAAUUGUAAAUGUCUUGCAACCAGAAAUGACUCAAAAAGGAGAAUGUUGUAAUGCAGCUCAACAAAAUGUGAAUUCACAAGUUUUGGAGCCAACCAUGAAUCAAAAAGGUGAUUGUUGCAAUGUUGCACGACAAAAUUCUCAACAAGCAAUUACUCCCUUGUCUAUGAAUCAAAAAGGUGAAUGUUGCAAUGCAGCUCAACAAAAUGUCAAACUUGACAUUCCAUUGACGGGAAUGAAUCAAAAAGGUGAAUGUUGUAAUGCUGCACAACAAAAUGUGAAUGCACCAAUCUUGUCCAUGGGAAUGAAUCAAAAAGGAGAAUGUUGUAACGUUGCCAAACAAAAUACCAAAAUCUCGUCCAUUACUCCUCUCUCAAUGAAUCAAAAAGGAGAAUGUUGUAACGUUGCUCUGAACAAUGUCAAUGCUCAAGUUUUAGAACUCUCCAUGAAUCAAAAAGGAGAAUGUUGCAAUGUGGCCAAACUCAAUUCCAAGGUCACUUCAGUCACUCCUUUAGCAAUGAAUCAAAAAGGUGAAUGUUGCAAUGCAGCUCAGAAAAAUGUCAAACUUGACAUUCCAUUGACGGGAAUGAAUCAAAAAGGUGAAUGUUGUAAUGCUGCACAACAAAAUGUGAAUGCACCAAUCUUAUCUUUGGGAAUGAAUCAAAAAGGUGAAUGCUGUAAUGUUGCACGUCAGAAUUCUCAACAAGAAAUAAUUCCCUUGUCUAUGAAUCAGAAAGGAGAAUGUUGCAACGCUUCCAAGCAAAACAUGAAUGCACCAGUCUUGUCUAUGGGAAUGAACCAAAAAGGAGAAUGUUGCAACGCUGCCAAACAAAAUGUCAAACUUGACAUUCCAUCGAUGGGAAUGAAUCAAAAAGGAGAAUGUUGUAAUGCAGCGAAGCAAAAUGUGAAACUCAAUGUGUUGAAUCUCUCAAUGAAUCAAAAAGGAAAUUGUUGCAAUGCAGCUCAACAAAAUCUCAAACUCGACAUUCUUCCACUGUCCAUGAAUCAAAAAGCAGAAUGCUGCAACGUUUCAUUGCAAAAUGAAAUGAUCAAGACUCUCAUUCCAUUGGCCAUGAAUCAAAAAGGAGAUUGUUGUAAUGUUUCACAACAAAAUGUCAAGAGUCAAGUACUUUCAAUGGGAAUGAAUCAAAAAGGAGAAUGUUGCAACGCUGCUCAACAAAACGUGAAUGCACCAAUCUUGUAUAUGGGAAUGAAUCAAAAAGGGGAUUGUUGCAAUGUUGCCAAGAAUAAUGAGUUGUGUUUGAAUGUUCUUGAAUUGGGAAUGAAUCAGAAAGCAGAGUGUUGUAAUGUCGCUCUUCAAAAUACCAAAUUUGAGAAUGCAUUACUGAUUGAGGUUGGAGCCAAUCAGGGUCUCUUCCAACAAGCGGUCAUGUGUUAA